AAAUAAUCAGAAGGAACGCCAAAGCUUUAUUGAGAAGCUUGGGGGUUUCAAGGUUGAAAGCAGCGAGAAACAAGUAUGGAGUAGUAUUUCUGGUUGUGGGUCUACUCUGAAAACCAUUACUCUAGUCUCUAGAAGGGUCGGUUUGGUCUGCACUGUGAUGGGCAUUCACUCGAUUCAUUUGAAAGCAGGUUAAUUCUGGCUGCUUUAUGCUUUACUACAUCAAGAUUUGUACAUUGUAUCUGUGGUUUAUAGUUCUUCUUGACACCCGGAAUCCAUUUUCUCUUUCAUGCCGAAAAAGUGAGUCCAGUAUAAAAAAGUUAAUUGCUUUUUCCUGUUCUCUUUUGCUUUUCCAUUUACCACACCUUUUUUGGGUGCUUUCACAUUUCGCUCUCAUGUAUUAGCACUUCAGUUCUCUUGUCAGCAUCUUCUUUAUUGCCCUGUUUUGUUUGUACCCAAAAUUUGUUGGAAUUGUUUAGUUUUGGAUUUUGUGUUAAUCUUGGUUUCCAGGGUUGUAGGUUCUCUAGAUCUUUAGUUUUUAUCUUUGGUGUGGAUGACAAGAUUUUGUUUGGGGCAUUUUGUUUAUGAGCUUUGGGGAUUUUGAUGAUAAUGGGAGAUUGUAAACCAAACAUCCCAAUGGUGGAAGAAGAACAAGAAGAAGAAAGCUUAAUUGCAGCAGCUCAGAAUAUAGUGAAGGCUUUAGAGGGGAACACGAAUUUAACGAAUGAUGCUAGGAAAAUCUUAGCAGAUCUAGGCUCUCAAUUGUCCUCCAUAAUUAGAGUUGGUGAAAGUAACCAGGAUGAAUCUGAGAAGCAGUUGUGUGAGUUUGAGGAGCAGCUUAAUGCAGUGCAGAUUAAGGUGAUGAAUUCGGAGUUAAAUCAGUCGAUGCUUUGGGACUGUGGAGAUGAAGAGGCAUAUGAGUAUUUAAGGUAUGUGGAUGAAGCCCGAAAGCUGACCGAGAGGCUCGAGAGGCUUUGUAUUCAGAAUGAUUGCAAAGAGAAAGAGAAAGAGAACGAGCUUCUGCUAAGAGCUCAUGAUGUUCUCCAGACUGCAAUGGAUAGGCUUGAUGAUGAGUUUCGGUAUUUGUUGGUUCAAAACAGGCAGCCUUUCGAGCCUGAACACAUGUCGUUUCGUUCCAGCGAAGAGGAUAUUGUGGACGAGGGAUCUAUUCUCUCGUUUGGGGAUGACUCUGUUGAAGAAGCGGUCCAAAGGGAUAGUGGGAGUCGAGGCUCAGAAGAGUAUAUAAUCGAGCUAGUUCAUCCGGAUGUGAUUCCCCACCUAAGAUGCAUUGCCAAUUUGAUGUUCGAUUCGAAUUAUGGUCAGGAAUGCUCCCAAGUGUUCGUUAGUGAAAGAAAAGAAGCCUUGGAUGACUGUCUCUUCAUCCUCGAGCUCGAGAAAUUGAGCAUCGAGGAUGUGAUGAAGAUGGAAUGGAAUGUCCAGAGUUCCAAAAUCAGGCGGUGGAUACGAGCUAUCAAGAUUUUCGUGCGAAUCUAUCUCGCAAGUGAGAAAUGGCUGGGAGAUCAAAUCUUCGGUGAGGUUGGGUCAGUUAGUUCGGUUUGUUUUGCAGAAUCCUCGAGAAGUUCAAUGUUACAGCUUCUGAAUUUCUGUGAAGCCAUAGCAAUUGGCCCCCAUCAGCCAGAAAAGUUGAUCCGGGUUCUUGACAUGUAUGAGGCUCUUGCUGAUCUUAUCCCAGAAAUCGAUGCAUUAUAUUGUGACGAAGCUGGAUCGGGUGUUCGGGUGGAAUCCCGUGACAUUCUAAGAACUUUAGGUGAUUGUGCAAAGGCCACUUUUCUUGAAUUCGAAGCGGCUGUUGCUUCCAACAUCUCGACCAACCCCUUUCCCGGUGGCGGGAUCCAUCAUCUCACCCGAUACGUUAUGAACUACCUGAAAGCCCUCACUGAUUACACCACCACCCUUAACGAGGUCCUACAAUGUAACGAGGAAGAACGUGAUGAAAGCUCGUAUACUUCUCAUAUGGCUCAACACUUUAGAUCCUUAGUCUCAAUCUUGGAAUGCAACCUCGACGAUAAGUCCAAGCUAUACAAAGACGAGGCCCUCGGGCACGUUUUCUUGAUGAACAACAUACAUUACACAGCUGAGAAGGUGAAGCAAUCGGAGCUGAGAACCGUGCUAGGCGACGACUGGAUUCGCAAGCGCAACUGGAAGUUCCAACAGCACGCGAUGAGCUACGUGAGAGCUACAUGGGGCUCGAUCCUUUCUUUACUGAGGGACGAAGGGGUUCAAAACCCCGGUUCGAAUUCUGUUUCGAGAACUCUUAUGAAGGAGAGAUUGCAGAGCUUCUAUCUUGCUUUUGAGGAGGUUUAUAAGAACCAGACUGGGUGGUCUAUUCCAGACAGCCAGCUUCGCGAAGAUCUUCGAAUCUCGACGUCCCUCAAGGUAAUCCAGGCGUACCGAACAUUCGUUGGAAGACAUACCAAUAGCAUCAGUGAUAAACACAUUAAGUACAGUGCUGACGAUUUAGAGCAGUUGCUCUUGGACCUUUUCGAGGGAUCUCCAAGAUCAUUGCAUGGUUCUCACAGGAGGUGAGUUUGAAAUGCAGGGAUAAUCAAGCAGGAAUUUGAUCAAGAUUUUUUUGUACCCAUAGUUUUAGUAUUAUAAUAAAUGAUAAAAGAAAUGCACAUAUUUGUAAACCUAUAAUGAUUAACUGAGAUGAACUCUUUGUGCCUUUGCCUGAAA